GUUAUUCACAACACUCAGCCGCGAGCGCGUACCUUUCAAUGCAUCAGUUUUGGUCGGUUGACUUUCAAUAACGCGUCGGAUUGAACUGAUACGGUGAAAAUCAUUUAAAAAAAGACAAUACAAAAAUUUCAUUAUUAAAAUUAUCGUCUAUUGUAUAGUGAAAAUCUAAAGAUGAUGAAUUUUCUAAUAAAGGCCUAUAUGGUGGUAUUACUAAUUGGUAUUAUAACCAGCGAAGUGGUCCAGUUUGACAAUUGUGAAGAUGCUGACGAUUCCAUUUGUGAAAUCAAAGAAGUCAGAGUGGAGCCCUGCAAGGAAGCGAAAAGCAAGAAACCCUGCAAACUCAGAAGUGGCACAAACGCCACAAUUGAAUUUGAUUAUGUUCCCGGUUUUGAUGCCGAAAAAUUGGUGAGUCAAGCUUAUUCGGUGACGCCUUUCAUUGAUUUACCUCUUAUCGGAAUGGACAGAGAUGGAUGUAAAUAUACCCAAUGUCCGACUAAAAGUGGUGAAACUGGCACAUAUAAGAAUACUCUUUUCAUCUCGCCGGCUUUCCCUUUAUUAAACUAUAUUGUGAAAUAUCGUCUUUGGGAUGCUCGGGUUGGUGAAAAAGGAUGUUGUGUAACGUUCAAAAUAAAAAUUGUCAGAUAAAAAUUACAGUUUUAGUGUAGAACGAGAUUAAAUGUCUGAAUAAAAUGAUUCAUAAGUAAAUAAA